AUGUCAGGGUUUCAUAUCUUGAAAUGCACCGAGGUGCCACAAUAUGACGCACUACAGAGCGCGGCAGCUGAGUUCCAGUACGACGACAAGCUGCAUCUCCGAAACUUGUGCAAUGAUAGCUCUCGAUGCGCUGGAUUGACAGCGGUUCAUAUGUCUGAAGGAUUUCGAAAAAUAAUUUUGGAUUACAGCCGGCAACAAGUUACGGGGGAAACCAUGGAAAUGCUGUUUGACUUGGCCGAUGCAGUUGGUUUUGCGGAACGGCAAGAAGCCUUUCGAACUGGGGAGAGAAUAAACACGACUGAGGACAAAGCGGUCCUUCAUCAUAUGUUACGAAUGCCAAAAGGAUAUCUCUUUUCGGGUGGUUCACAUGGUUUGGCUGACAAGAUCUUGGAAGAGAUACAUACAGUACGAGAUCAGGUUGUAAUCUUUUCAGAGCAAGUGCGAAGUGGAACGCAUCUUGGUAUCACUGGCAAACCAUUGAAAACCACACUCGUGGUGACCUGUGGGGGUAUGCAUUUGGGAAUUGAAUUUGUGUCCGAGGCCCUGAGUGCUGACGUUACAGCCGCAGAAGCUGCGGAAGGCCGAAGCAUUCAUUUUCUUUCCAAUGUCGACCCAGUGGAUACAUUCCAGACUACUGGACAUCUGGACCCAGAAGAAACUUUGAUUGUCAUUGUAUCCAAAGAGUUUGAUUCGGGAGAGACUUUGAAUGCUCGAUCGGCAAUGAAAUGGUUGAUCCAACGAUUAAUGAAGACUGGUAAUUACACCGAGAGUCAAAUUAUUGCAAAACAUGUCGCUGCUGUCGCGUGUAUCAAUAGUAAUUUCUCAAAGUCUGCCCCGGGACAAUUGGGGAUUCCGAGGAACAACAUAUUCAAAAUUUGGGACUGGGUCAUUGGACGAUACUCUGUAUGCAGUGCCGCUGGACUGCUGCCCUUAUCGUUACAAUAUUCUGGAUCCAUAAUGACGCAAUUCCUGGAUGGUGCUCACGAUAUGGAUGAGCACUUUUUCAAUGCACCACUUCGAGACAAUAUUCCAGUAUUGCUGGGACUCUUGGGUGUUUGGAACUCUACCUUUAUGGGGUAUUCCUCCCGCGGCAUUUUACCCUAUGCACACGCCCUUCGAAAAUUCCCUGCUCACGUCCAGUUGGUCGAUAUGGAGAGCAAUGGAAAGCGAGUCGCCUUGGAUGGAGUAGAGCUCCAUCAUUCUUCUGGGGAGGUCAAUUUUGGAGCACCUGGCACCAACAGUCACCACCCAUUCUUUCAAUUGAUGCAUCAAGGUCGAGUGGUUCCAGCAGACUUUAUCGGCUUUAUGGAAUCCCAGCGUCCGCUCGAUUUACCAGGAGAGAACGUUCCUAGCCACGACGAACUAAUGUCUAAUUUCUUUGCCCAGCCCGAUGCCUUGGCCUAUGGCAAGACCUUUGUGGAUUUGAUGCAAGAAGGCGUCGAAGAAGGCCUUCGAGAGCACAUGGUCUUUACUGGAAACCGUCCAUCGAGUAGUAUACUAAUGACUCGACUGGAUGCCUUUAGCGUCGGUCAACUGUUGGCACUGUACGAGCACCGAACUGCUGUCCAAGGAUUUCUGUGGGGUAUCAACAGUUUUGACCAGUUCGGAUUGGAACUGGGUAAAUUGUUGGCAAAACAUGUCCGUGUCCAAUUGGCAGCUUCGAGACGAACUGGCGCAACUGUACAGGGAUUCAAUCUGUCCACCAGUACACUUUUGGAAGCCUAUCUUGCCAAUGGAAAGCAACAGAAAAAUGUUUAA